ACUUGUACAUGAUCAUAAAUUAGUUCACAAUACAGCGUAGUGAUGACUCAAACAUUCCCAUUGAUGUGAAAGUUGUUCCUGCUGUGACUUUAAAUGAUGGGAAUCAAACUCCUCCCACUUGCUUCUCUGUCAACUGAAGAAAAAAAAAACUCCCAUGCGUCGGAACGAGAAUGUGGUAGGAUGUGGAGGAAGUUCAAAACAUUGAAAAUAAUAGUUUAGACGUUUUAUUUAAGCUUAAACACGAUCUUACGAGUCGCGGGGCGCAUUGGAGUUCCUCCCUGAUGGAAAGGGAGAAGAUCGAGCGAAGAAGGGGGCUGUUUUUGAGACGGUAAAAAGUAGUUGUUGGCCGUUGACUAUGUAGAAAGUGCUGGAUAGAUAUCGGGACCGAUAUGUCUAAUGUGACGGCGGGUAAAAGCGUGGAGUGGCUGCAAGUGGAGUUGGAAUCCGGCGGCGGCUCGCUGUUGCUGCUGGACUGCCGCUCUCAUGAGCUCUACGAAUCAUCCCACAUCGAGUCCGCCAUCAACCUGGCCAUCCCCGGACUCAUGCUGAGGAGGUUCAAGAAGGGAAACGUGCCCAUCCGGACGAUAAUCCCGAACCACGAGGACAAGGAGAAGUUCGUCCGGAGGUGUCUGACGGACACGGUGAUUCUGUACGACGAGAGCACCGCCAACUGGCAGGACACUGGAGCUCCCACCACAGUUCUGGGUCUGCUUCUGCAAAAACUCCGGGAGGACGGCUGUAAAGCGUAUUAUCUGGAAGGCGGCUUUGUAAAGUUCCACACGGAGUUCCCAGAGCACUGUGAGACCCUCCUCGACAGCUCCUGUCCCAGCUCUUCUCCGCCUCUGUCAUUUCUUGGGUUUGGAAACCUCCGGAUCAGCUCUGACUGUUCUGACGGCGACUCGGAUCGCGAGCCAAGCAGCGCUACAGAGUCUGAGGAGAGCCCUCUCCCAAGCAACCAGCCUGCCUUCCCGGUACAGAUCCUCCCCUACCUGUACCUGGGCUCUGCGAAAGACUCCACUAACCUGGAUGUGCUUGGCCAACACAACAUUAAGUACAUUCUCAACGUCACACCCAAUCUUCCUAACAUGUUUGAGCACGAUGGACACUUCAGGUACAAACAGAUCCCUAUUUCAGACCACUGGAGUCAGAAUCUGUCCCAAUUCUUCCCCGAGGCCAUAUCAUUUAUAGACGAGGCCCGGUCCAAACAGUGCGGCAUCCUAGUUCACUGUCUGGCUGGUAUCAGUCGCUCCGUCACCGUCACCGUCGCCUACCUGAUGCAGAGACUCAACCUCUCCCUCAACGACGCAUAUGACUUUGUCAAGAGGAAAAAGUCCAACAUAUCUCCAAACUUUAAUUUCAUGGGUCAGCUGUUGGACUUCGAGCGGACGCUGGGACUACGCAGCCCGUGUGACAACCGCACCACCACCACGAACGAGCAGCUCUUCUUCACAACGCCAACCAACCACAACGUCUUUCAGUUGGACACGUUAGAGUCAACAUGAGAGUCGCUUCUUCAUUCCACCGGCACCUCAGGCGCAGUACUCACCUCAGUGUCCUUCUUGCCUUAAUGUCACAUCUCAGAGUGAAUUUCACUCUCCGCCAUUCACGGUUUUCCAAUGCUCUCCCAUGUUAGCAGGGAUGUCCUGCUCAACCACGGCUGUUAUCUCGGCUCUCAAGACAAAUCUGUUGUAUUUAUUACUGUUGCCAUGAUGGCCUAAAAGGAAUUAUUGACCAAUCCGAAUGUCCUCUGGGGACCAGUCGUACAAUGCUACUCAAUCUGAUGUCAUUGACUGGGUAGCAAAGUGGUCCUGCCAAUCACUCAUGCCUCUUCUGACCGUGAAUCUCAACAUAAAGCACAGAAUCAAAAUAUAAAUGCCAUAAAUGGCCUCCAGGGUUAUUCCUUCAGUGACCUCAUCACAGGAAGCUGCACUUGGUUCUCGUAAAUUACAAUUCUAGUUGUAUCAUUUCCUGAAAACUGGAGUUUGUUAUUGAAUCAUAUCCAUUUAUUUCUCUAGAUGGAUGAUGUACCUGCUCAUGACUUUGACCGGACCCCAAGUUGAUCUGCUUGAGGGGCGGAGAAGAUAAUGGGACAUCCAUUAAAGACAACUCAUUUUUGUUCCUGGUUUACUGUUCAAUUAAACGAAGCGUUGAGUCAAUUGCCCAGAUCUAGCGAAUUAAGUGAAUGAUGGGGGAUUAAAAGUAAAUGAGUUUCUGUCCUUACCUCACCCAGCGACAUCUUCAGGGAUUGUGUGUUGGAGGCAAAUGUUUGUCGACACGGCCUCUUAAAUGAAAUUGCGUCCCAGGGCUGUUGUUUGUAAAGGAAAAGUACUUGUUUGUGAUGAAAGCCACAGUGAUUCUCAUCUGAACGUUAUACACAUUGAACUAAAUGUCCAAGGUAUUCUGUACAAGUUUAUACAAGAAAUAUAUUUUUACUUGACUGCUGCUUCCUGGAGUUUUUUUUAAUUUUUUUUUACUUUUUUUCUGAUUUAAGGUAGAGUUGUGUGCCUUUUGAAAUGAGCCAGAUUAUCGCGAUUUUACAAUGCAAUGACUAAAUUCACAGCAAAUUUGGUUCUUAAAUGUUGACCUUGUUUUCUAGGAAUCAUCUCAGUCUCGUCGAAGAUGAAGGAAGCAUGUUGUUUAAGGUUCAUCUGUUUCAAGUCUGGCUCACGCUUUAUUUCUUGCCUCAUGUCGGUGUUGUAUCGAUUCUCCUCUGAACUGAUGUCAACACUUAACUCUCACUUCACAGGUCGACGCACUGUCAGGGAUGGCAAGGCUGUCGAGGGCUGCUGUCCACGUCAAUAGCAUUUUUGAGUCACCAAGAGUCCUUGAAGAUCUUUUGCGGAGGUUAGUUUUGAUCUGGAACUUAAGAGUUUUUUCAUCCUUGGUGGCAUCCUUAUGUACUUUACAGACUGAAAUUGCAUUUCUGUACAGUUAUUGAGCGACUGCUUUAUUCAUUUUGACUUGGGGAAAUUCUGUAAGUGCCAUCACUUGCAGAGGCAAAUCUACGGUGUUUAUUAGUUGCUUGUGCUUAAUGCUAAGAGUAACUCAAAAAUCUCCAAGUUAAACUGCUCAUUCAGUCAAUCACUACAAUAGUCGAUGAGGAUUUGGGAUGCGGGGCAUUCUCUCAUUGAAGUGCUUCACCGUAAGUGAUUUGACAGCAGAGGAGAGCUCUCCACUUUCUAACAAACUGAGGGCAAACAUGACUGGACCUGCUGAGCGACAACUCUCAGUUGUGAUCAUAAAAGCUGUUGAGUGAUGGCUCUCCCGGCAUGACUGAACCUGGCUGGCCAACAUACCUGCAGGGCGAACCUGUGACUGAA